ACAAUUGCUGAUAGAUGAUGCUUUAAAUCCCACUCGUGGACGGUGAAUUCGGAUUCAUAUAUACGACUAUACGAGUACAAUUUUACAUAAACGCAGUUCUCGUGUGGAGUCGGUUUCGAGUGAAAUAAAUUUAAUUAUUGCGAUAUUAUCAUACGUACAUUAUAUUUUUAAAAGAGUAUUGAAAUUUUAAUUUUAAUAUCGGUGAUUAAUACCAUGAUUUCGAGUUUGAUCGGUUUUUUGUUCGACACUCCUGUUAUUAGUGCAGUAGCCGUCAUCGCGGCGUUUAUUUAUUAUUAUACGACCAACACAUACGACAAAUGGCUAAAGUUGAACGUACCGCACGACCGACCGUGGCCGCUAGUGGGCAACACGGUUAAGAUGUUGACUUUGGUCGAACACCAGUUGACCACCAUCGACGGAAUUUAUAAACGAUUUGCCAGCGAAAAAUAUUGUGGUUUCUAUCAGAUGAAGACACCGUUCCUGAUGAUUAGAGACCCAGAACUGAUCAAUAAUAUAUUAAUCAAGGAUUUCUCGUACUUCCCAGACCGAGGUUUCCACAAGGAUCCUGCAUUGAAUAUAAUGGCUAACGCGUUAUUCUUCAUGGAGGGGUCUAAGUGGAAGGUGAUGAGACAGAAACUGAGCCCGGGGUUCACGUCGGGCAAGCUGAAGCUCGCUCACGACCAAAUAGCAGAGUGCAGCGACGAGCUGAUGCGAUUUAUCAGGGCUAAAAUGGAAGAAAACGAUCAGAUCGAAGUCAAGGAGACCAUGGGAAAGUACUCAACAGACGUAAUCGGAACGUGCGCAUUCGGUUUGAAAUUGGACACCGUCAAGAACGACGAUUCCGAUUUCCGGGUGUACGCCCGGAAAAUAUUAAAGAUGAACUUCCGGUUUUUGUUGACCGAAACGGUGUCACCGAAAAUAUUGAAACUGUUAGGAAUCGCCGAGCUCUCGCCCGAAGCUUCUGCGUUUUAUGAUUCUGCAUUCAAUGAAGUAAUCAGGUACAGGGAGGAAAACGGCAUAGUUAGACAUGACGUGGCACAGAGCUUAAUACAAGCGAGAAAAGAGUUGGUGCUUGACUCAACCGACGAAAAUGAAUUUACUGAACAGGAUAUUAUCGCAAAUGCAAUCCUGAUGUUUUUGGCCGGUUUUGAACCUGUGUCUUCCACGUUGAGUUUCUGUUUGUAUCAAUUAGCACUGAACCAACACAUCCAAGACAAAAUGCGUGACGAAAUGAAUUCGAAAUUGAAACAACACGGACAACUGAACAAUGAAUUUUUGGUGGAUCUUCAUUACACCGAUAUGGUUUUGGCGGAAACAGAACGUAUGUAUGUAGUGACAAAUGCGCUAUUUAGAGAAGCUGUGAAGACAUAUAACGUACCUAAUGAUUCGUUGGUGAUUGAAAAGGGAACAAAGAUCAUGAUUCCUGUUAACAGUAUUCAUCACGAUCCAAAGUAUUACCCUGAUCCGUACACCUUUGACCCGGAAAGGUUUUCACCGGAAGAAAAGGCAAAACGACAAUCCGGUAUUUACCUACCGUUUGGCGAUGGACCGCGAUUUUGCAUAGGAAAAAGAUUUGCUGAACUGGAAAUUAAAAUGGUUCUAUCACAAAUAUUGACGACGUUCCAAAUUUUGCCAUGUGAAAAAACAGAAGUUCCGCUUAAGCUACAAAAUGGAUUACCUAUGAUGGUGGCAAAAAAUGGCAUUUGGUUACGUUUUCAAUCCAUUUCUUAAUAAGUAUUAUAGUAUUAUACUCCCCUAAGUCUAUGAUGAUUAUGUAAUUUGUAUGACAUAUAAAGUAAUAAUAACUAAUAUAUAUAUAUAUAAUAUAUACUGUAGCAUAUACUUUAUUGAGUAUGAUAUUAUAUAAGUU